AUGUCAACCAGUAUCGCAUCUUCUGCGAUGAUUUCACCUCAAUCUUCUGCGUUACAUCAAACCACAUCUGCCACGACAACGACAACGGCAACCACAACGAAUUCUAAUAACGGAGAUCACAGCAGUAACAGUAGCAGCAAUAGUAAUAGCAAUGGUAGCAGUAGCGGUGCUCAUCCAAACAACUAUUUUCAACAUUAUCCAGUACCAAAUUUUCAAGUGCAACAGGAUUCAAUCCCAAGCUUGGUCUCGAAACGAAGUGCUACAUGGCGGUAUAUGCAACGGGUUCAUCAAGGUGGGAUGGUCCUCUAUAAUACAGCCAUGUUAUCAGAAAUGGAUUUAAGACGCGGAUAUGCUGAUGAGAAGAAUCAUAGGAGGGCAUUACAAUACUUUUUACUUGGAACAUCUUUAGCAACAGUUCUGGAAAUCCCUAAUGUAGGCGACUGUCUCAGGGCACUUCAAGUGGUGAUUCAAGAAUAUGAGUAUUUCACAGCAUCCGAGUCACGGUCAAAAAUGAUGUUCCUAAAAGCAACAGGUCGGAAAGUAUUAUCGGACGUAAAGUCUUUUGAAGAGACAGGCGAGUAUUCAUUACUAGAAGUCCGUCAACUGCCGUUCAGUCUAGACUAUGUAAUAACAUUCGCGUCGCUGUGUGAUAUGAUCGCGCAAGUCUAUGAGAAACUAGGCACAGAAGAUCGUCCCUGGACAUUGACAAAUGCUGAAAUCUUUCAAAAAAUUGAUAACCGCUUCAAGAAAAUAUUGACGGUUGUAUCAAAGGAACUAGAAACGAUGGCCAAGGAGAUUAUGGUGGGUGAGUUGAACGCAAUGGAUCCACUUGGCACAUCAACCAAUGAUCAUGACUGGGAUCUUUGA